AUGGUCUCGUGUGCGCCUUCACCUUUCAACCAGAUCCCCAGGAGCCAGGCUAACAUCAUCCCCGCAGCACCUCAAGAUCGUCGACCUAUAGUCAUCUCCGGACCUUCCGGUGUCGGCAAAGGAACGCUGAUCCAAAAGCUUGUCGACGCACACCCUGACACAUUUGGAUUAGCCGUAUCUCAUACAACACGAAAACCGCGACCGGGCGAAGUAGAAGGCGUUGCUUACUUCUUCGUUUCUCCCUCCGAGUUCUCAUUCCUCUUCUCGCAAGACAGUUUCGUGGAACACACAUGUUUCAGUGGCAACUACUACGGCACGAGCAAGCAGACCGUCGAUGAUCUGACUAGCAAAGGGUUGGUAGUGAUCCUGGAUAUCGAAAUAGACGGCGUCAAGCAGUUGAAGUCGAACCCCAGCAUUGAUGCGCGGUAUAUUUUCAUUAAGCCACCCAGCUUUGAAACACUCGAGGCGCGUCUCAGAGGUCGCAAAACCGAGAGCGAGGAGAAAAUUCGGGAAAGGCUCUCCCGGGCCAAAGUCGAAAUUGAGUACGCCGAGUCUCAGCGCGAUCAUGAUAAGAUCAUCUGCAAUGACAACAUUGAAGAGGCGUACAAGGAGCUUGAUGAGUUUGUAUUUGGGAUCACGUAG